AGAGACCCACUUAUACUUAUUACUUAUGUUUUUGUUUUUCCAGUUUCACCCCAUUUCGGAAUCAUCGGCUUCACGAGCACGCGUUGCUUUCGACACACGACAUCUCAGUGCGCACAGCAACCUCUUUGGCACUGUAACUGGUUCUGGUUGUUCUCAUAGAUCCAACCAAAACCCGCCAGACCACUGUCCAGUAGUUUUACACUGUUGAAAGGAACAAGAGCCGCGAGGACUUGUCGUGCUUGACCCCUACCGCCUCAGUAUUCGGAACGCACAUAAAUUUUCUGCUGCAAGAAUAAAGUUAAAGAAAAAUGGCAGGAGACAAGAAGAACAAAGAAAACUCCCUUCGGGGCCGGUUUUCGAAGUACGCCUGUCGGAAGCGUGGUACGGUACUGAAAGAGGCUCUCGCGCCAGACUUUUCUCUGCGUCCAUACGUGUUAAAAAAUGCGCGAUGUGUUGCGAAAAAGUAUUCGCAUCAGCAAAUACAGCACAGUAUUUGCAUCAGCAAAUACAGCACAGGCUACGUAGAGAUUAUGACGUGCAAGUGAGGUAAGUAUAAAAUUAAAAAGCGCAAAGUAAGGAGAGAAAUUGUUUGUUGCGGGUGCGAAUUUCAUUCGUAUACAGGGUCGCAGGCUUGCCUUUGCGGAGUUCGGCUUUGCCUGGUUUUUUUCGACGCCGGCGCAGCCGGCGGAAGCAGAAAAGCAGGGUCGACCGGGCUUCAUGCAGCGGCGUCACCAGGUAAAAUAUUGAUAUUCCACUUUGAUUGAAGCGUGUUUACUUUGGAAGGCAAAAAAUUCUUGAUGUUGGUGCACCACCAGAAAAAAAACAUGAUCAGAUGUAUUGUCAUGAUUUUGGUCUUGAGUUCCCUGAGUUUGUGUUUUUUUCUCCGUUAUAAUUUCUCUCUAGCCGCGAAGAAGACCAAGACGAUGAUUGAAGAUCAAGUUGAACAGCGGAAGCGUCAACUUUUCUUCAUCAUCGUCAAAUCUUUUUUCAGUGCAAGCGAAAGGCUUGGUCAUUGUGGAUAAGUACUUACACGAUCCUACGUCGAGAUGUGCGUGCAGGCACCACUUUUUCAUCUCGUCACACAUCAGGUUCAUCCGGCCGCGCCCGGGGAUGCCGACGACCAGACCGCAACGUCUGAAGCGACGCCUGGUGCUGCCGCGGCGCAAGGCUCCGCGAACGGAGACUGGGAUGAGUUUCUGGACGGAACAAGUUCUGGAGACUUGGGAUCUCCGCCGGGGCACGCUCGCGCCGGCGCCAGCGAAGAGCGGGAGGACGACCUCGAAGCAGGCGGCCGUAGUGCAGCCACAGCGACGACCCCACAGGACCUUGCAGUGCCCGGGGCGGUGCCGCCACAACCCGUUCUCGCGGAGUUGGACGACGAGUCCGCGACAAGUGCGCUGGAGCGUAAUAUCGAUCCUCUGGCCAUUCUGGCGCAACCUCAUGCGAAUAUCAUUUCGCUUCUUGGUGCCGCACCAGACGAUUCCCAGCCAUCGAGUACGGAAAGUGGUCUACUAGAUGAUUGGGAGCGCGUCACUGGACGAGACGAGUGCGUGGCGCUCCCCCUUUCUGAGGACGAAGACAAAUGGUGGCGUCCGGACAUCGGUCCGGAGUCCCGGUUUUGGAACAAUCUAAUGAAAGGCAAAUGCCAGGAUGUAACUUUGAUCCUGCUGAACUUGCAGGCGUGGGGUCUCACUCCCGGCCUGCAAUCCCGGGUUGCGGAUUACAUGGAGCGGGAUCUUGCGAAUAUCGAGGUCGUGGGUGCUCUGAUCACGGUUGCCUUUAACAAUGUAUCUGGCUGGUGGGAACGCGUGAAACAACAGACCAAGUACAAAAUUUUUAAAGCCCCCGAAGCAAAAAAAAUAUCCGGGUUUACGUGCUACGCUACGUUCCUCGUGGACGGUUUUGAUGAGCCAACGAAUGUAUAUCACGACGCGCUCGCGCAUGGACAUCGAGAAUUAUUUCCAAAACUCGUCGGCGGCGAACACUUUGAAAAAACAAUUCUCCCGCUUAUCCGCGAGGUGGAGAGAAUUUCUCGCUGUGUCAAGUAUGUGGGCCCCAAAGGUGAAGAUGACUCUGUAACCGUGCUUGCUUACGGCACUGAGCCAGGAUCUAACGGUCAAGCUCUUUGGCUUCAGAAGACUGGGCCCGGGAUGAAGACAUAUUACCGACACCAAGGUACAGCGGACGACCUCAAUAAAAAAGUCAUAGAUGCAAGGCGACCGUACGGCUGGGUCUUUUUGCCGUCGCCCAACGCCUGGGAACAAAAGUUCCUGGAUAAAGGAGAUGCGGGGAGAGCAAGCGCCGCACCCGUCGAAUUUUUCCAGGUCGGCGAGACGCGAGAAGACGAAGCGAGGGGCCGGUUUUUUGACGAGCUUGAAAACCUUCUUGAAGCGCAGUUCAGAAAAGCGUUGCUUUUGCACAUAGAUCGCAUGGACGCAGACAAGAACGGACUGCUUUGCCCGAACGAAAUCACGGAUUAUUUGAUCAAGCAUUCCCUGGAGCCGACCAUUGAACUGAUACUAGCCAGUCUGAAGUGGUCGUUAAAGAUGUAUCUUGUGGCAGCUGGAAACACGCUCAGUGUGCUGUGGCCGAAGUUGCGGGAGAUCAUCGAGCGGAAGACGGACGCAGCGGUUCACCUCGCUGUAAUGCAGAUGCGGAGUACUCUUAUCGAAGGAAUUUCGGCGGACUCGGAUGGCGAUGGCCAAAAAUCAAAUCCCCGAGAAAGUGAAAGAAAAGAGCUUGAUCUUCGUUUUGAGGAGAACUGGGGCUUCAGAGGAUCCUGCGUCUCGACGAAACCACCGAUGAAGGGGCCAGGCACUCCUCGCGGGGGGCGUCAUACAGGAAUAAGGGGAACCGACCCAGAAUUCUUGUCCUUGCAAAAGCUCUGGCUGCAGCGUGUUGCAACGCGGUUAGUUCGUCUGUUUGUCAAGGAGUUCAGGUUGAAGGAUGCGGCGCCGUCCGGGAUCGCCAAAGACAACGACUUAGAGCAACUGUAUAAAGACGCGGUUCUUCCCCCAGAUGAGCAAAUCGCAUUGAAACGCGAAGAGCUGACAACGAGGCAGAAUGAAGAAAGACGGCAGGCAAAGGAGGACAGCAAUCGACUUGACGUUGCUUUUGGGCAUUCCACUGGUGACCUUCUUCAUACUGUCAUGUUUCCUUAAGGUGAUCAUGCAAUAUGAUAGAGGAGGCUGCAGCUUAAGUAUUUUCAUUGUUCCCUGUGGCUGUCCCAAUAUGUCUGCUCCUGAUCACUUUUCUGAAGAUCUUUACACUCUCCCCUCCCCCACAAACGCCUCUAGAAAUAAAGAUUACGUGCUGUUGGUUCGAUCCACCAUUCAUCAAAUAUUCCUACUUACAUUCUUCGUUCAAUCAUUCAACUCAGCGUAUGUUAAGGGAAUCGUAUCGCUCGUUUCACGCUUCUUUUUCGAAACUGCUAUGAAAAAGUACACUUUUUGCCCUCGUCCUGUGGCUGUUCUGGUGGGUGCUGUCGAGAUCCACGUGUUUCCUGGACCGCACUCAAGAUGUCACAGGCACAGCUAGCAUUCUUCGAACGGAGACAUACAUAAUUUUGUACACAAGUCUAAUAAUUAAAGCAACCUUUCCCCUUGCGACAUGGAAAGUGGGUUGUCCUACAACAUUUACUACACUCUUUUGCUCCUGUUCUUCUCUUCUGAUCAUGGUCUACAGUCCACUAAUGUCGCGAUGUAAAGCGAGUAAUUGAGCGAAAUUCCGGACGCAAAAUUGCCCUUAGACCGCGAUCGUCUCUUGUGUAGCUGGACGUUCAGUCUGAUGCGAAAAAUGCACCUAUGUCACAGCCCCCUCGAGUGGACGCCG